AUGCCGAAAUCAAAAUGCCAAAUUUUCGAGCGCGAACAAAUUUCUCGAGCAUUCUUAAAUUUAAAAUGGACCAAACAUAUUCAAAUGGGAUGUGAACAGACUGGAAUUGGACAUUUUAGAGACAUAAGUUCACUAGAUAUCGAUGAUGGAGAUCAAAUGCUUAUUCUCGGCUCCUACUGUGGAUCGGUUACUGUAACUCGGUACAAGAAUUUGGAACGAAAAAAGUGGAAAAAACCAAUGCAAUUAAAUCUCGAAUCGGAGCCGUUGAAAACUAUCAAAUGGUGUCCAGUGGAUCUGCGUCUCUUCAUGGUUAGCACAUUCAAAAAGUCUCUAAAUCUAUGUGAUGCUUUAAAUGAACGAGUUUUACACUCUGGAACAUUCGAUGGACCGGUUCAUUUCGAUUGGAAUAGUCAUCAGACGCAUCCAAAAGUUGCUGUGGCAGAUGGUAGUCGGACUAUGAAAAUUGUGGAUUUUAGAGUCGGAAUUUCCCUGCCACAAAUCGUUCGCUGGGAUGAUGUGCCAAUUGAUAUGGUCCAAUGGUUUCCAUCCAAGCAGAAUUAUGUGUAUGUCGGUAGACAAGACGGGCGGAUCGGAGUUUUCGAUAUCCGAAGUACACGUGGCGUUUUGAUGGAAAAACAAAUUCAUGGUUCGAAAAUGUUUGGAAUGAAAAUCACCCCAGAUGGACGUCAUCUGAUCAGUGGAGACACUUCUGGAAGGAUCCACGUGGCAGAUACAUGGGAUUUAAGCACGAAAUUUGAAUUUCGCGGGUUUUUCAACCCGAAAAUCGUGGCGAAUCAACAAUUGGAGGUUUUGGCGAUUGGGAAGGAUUUGUUCGUUGCGACGAAUUUCGAAAAAUUGACAAUUUUGAAGUUUUCAAAAGGGAAAUUAGAGAAAAAUGAGCAAUCAAGAUUUCUAGAGAUUGCUCCGUGCGCUUUAAAAGACCAGGCAAUGCGGUUCAGACGGUCCAGUUAUGAGCUCAUCGCCGGCCACAACUACAAUUAUUUGAACAUUCUCUCUCUUGGUGUUCAUGAGGAUACUUCAAACUGA